CUUUGACUCCUUUAGGAUCAAACUGUUAAGAGACAAGAGAGCGAACGAGAAUAUUGUAAGAGAGAGAAGUAUUGAUGGGUGACAUAAUGCACCCAUUCAUUUUGUCACCCGUCGAUAAAUUAAUUAACUAAGUUGUUAUUAUUCAUAACAGAAAUGGAGUACUACUGUCAAUUGAUCUCUUCAAGUUCGUCUCAAAACAGUAGCUCCUCUCCUCCUGUCGAGCUUAGGCACAAAGAAACAGUUAGACUAGGUCGGGACGGAGCGACUGGUGGCACUGGACAAGUUGAGGUUACAGCUGAUAUAGACUCUAAGGAAGUUCUUGUAAGACAGUUGAGUCCAGUGUGUUCAUCAGUAGCAGGUGUUUUAGUAUUGCAAAGAGAAGGAGAGACAGCAAUCAUAGGACCUGGAGCUAAACUAGAGCUAAUGACAGAGAAGGAUGCCCUACACAUAAAGUAUAACAUAUUUUUUGGGCAGAAGAAAGCUAUAGAAGUAGCUAAUACAAGACCUGGAGAGACUGAAUAUGCACAGGGAGAUAGUGUGGUAGAUAUGUACACGUGUCGAUGGGAUUAUUCUCAAUCAUUGCUAGUAAUGGAGUAUGGCCCACAGUCCCCAUCACCACUAGUGGCUGCAUUUGAUCUUGAUAGUACACUCAUUAAAACGAGAUCAGGUCGAUUGCCGUUUAAAGCAGCUGGGCCUGACGAUUGGACCUUUUGGAUGCCAUGUGUCCCUCAUAAACUGCUGGCAGCUGAAGCAUCAGGAUACAGGAUAGUUAUAUUCACUAAUCAAGGUGGUAUGAACUAUGGUAACCCACCACUCUCUGAAUUUAAACUGAAACUAGAAUCAGUCAUGAAAGAGUUAGGGAGAGCCUCAGUGCUAUUGCUAGCAUCAUUGGAGGAUGAUGAGUAUCGUAAACCAAGGACUAAAAUGUGGGAGUAUUUCAUUGAAUGUAAGAAUGAAGGAGUGAUGGUGGAUAUGAAUGAAAGCUAUUAUGUAGGAGAUGCUGCUGGUAGGCCAAAACAUGUAAAGAAAGAUGGUAAAGCCGAUUUCUCUUGCUCCGACCGAAAAUUUGCUGCCAACAUUAAAAUUAACUUCAGUCUCCCGGAAGAGUUCUUUCUUGGAGAACCGACAAGCAGCGAGUUCUCAUGGUACGGAUUCAACCCACGAACAUACACUCCAGGAGUAGAAGAUGGACCCAGCUUAGAACCAAGAGGAACUCUAAUCACUCGAGAGGCACAGGAAAUUGUUGUUUUUGUGGGCCCACCUGCCGCUGGUAAAAGUCAAUUUUACAAAGACUACAUGAGGAGAGAAAGAAAUAAAAGACAUUAUUCUCAUGUUAGUAGAGACUUGCUGGGUAGUUGGCAGAAAUGUGUCACUGAGUGUAGGGAAGGACUGGUUGCUGGUUACAGUGCAGUUAUUGAUAAUACGAGUCCUGAUAUUGAGUCAAGGGGUCGGUAUAUUCAGUUAGGGUCUCAGUGUGGUGUCCCUGUACGCUGCUUCUGGUUCAUGACGUCACUUGAGCAUGCACUGCAUAAUAAUCAGUACAGGAAUCACUGCAUAAAGCUUAAACUAUAUAAAGAUGACAUCAAGAAGAUGGUCCCUGAUUCUGCUCUAAGGUCAUACAAGAGUAGGUUUGUUGAGCCAUCACUCGCUGAGGGAUUCAGUGAGAUUGUCAAGAUAAAAAUAUCUCUUCAUUUUCCAAACAAAAUGGCUGAGGAUCUAUACAUGAAGUUUUGGGACUAGCAAAAUAAUUAUAUUCUUAUUAUUAAUACAAAAAUGUCAAAACUACUGCAAAACAUAUACAUGUAUAAAUAAUAAUAAUAAUAAUAAUAAUAAUAAUGGCAUGUAUUAUUGUAAUAAUAUAAUUUACUUUUGUCCAAUACAUUAACACG